AUGGCUGAAGAGUUGCCAACCAACCCCCCAACCUCGUUUUCGCACGAGUUUGGCUUGAUGGGUGAUGAGAAUUACCUUACCGGUUAUCUCCUUGAAACCCCUCGGAGGUGGCAUGUGAAGACCACACUUUCAGAACGACAGGGACCUACUUCGCCAUCUUUAAUUCAAAACCGUUCGCGCACGCUUGACCGUUUCAGCGACGGUGACGACUAUAAGAGGUUGCUCUUUACAUUCCCCAUGUUAUAUUCGGAUUCAACAUUGGAGAGGGACCCUUUUUUUGACGGUCGCGGGAUGCCGUUAAACCCAAAUAAUACGCCAAUAUCCCGAAGCGGUUGUCAGUCUGAAACUGGAUCUAUUGGAAAGGACAAGCAGGAUGUACACUCGCCCGCUAAGUAUGAUAAGCACGUUAAUCAAUCAAGUGAUGCAGUCGCGCACGGUGACGAUCCUCUUACGUCUCAUUCCAACAGUCGUGAGAAGGUGUCCAAACCGCCCAAACCGCCCAAGCCACCCUUUCUCGCCAACAUCAAUAUUUCGACUCAAGCCGACUUAGAGAACAUUGAGCCCUCCCUCCGAGCUGUGCCACAGCAGAGGGCCGAUGACAGACGUCCCAUGCUAGAGACGCUUUAUCGAUCAUUACCUUCACGCGUUGCCAGUAGGAAGUUUGACCAACCUGUCGAGCCCGCUGUCGCCGAGCUAACGCCAGAAAAGCAUCCUGCGCGGCUCAAGCAGUCUUGGAAUACUGGCCGUAUUGUCCCUGGUCGGUAUUUUCCUCGACCGUUCACGCCUCGGGAGCUAGAGGUCCUAGGCAUUCCAUUAAACAAUCCAGGCAUGCCAUUUCCAGCCCCUAUACCGACAAUAGACAAGCUUCCUCUCCGCCGGGGUAUCAUAUGUUUUGACUGGAAGCUAGCAGACCAAUAUCCGAAUGAUAUUGAUAGCUUUCCUGCCACAGAGAAGAAACACACUGCCCUCCCCCAAGGGUCUUGGAAAACUUUACGGCGAAUCCCACAUAAACUUCCCUCGCCCAGGCAGCUCACACAAACUGCCUUGUAUUAUCUAACCCCGUGGAAACAGUUCACACUUAAGCAAAACCCGAGCUUGCGGAUGACAAUCACCAUUCCGUUUGCUUCAAAAAGCGAAACAUUCGCCGUGGAGCAAGACCAAGUCUUAAUUCCUGGCCUUGUUGAUGGGGCAUACGUGCUUCAGUUCAAUCUUGUUUUGCCGUUACUUCUUGUUUAUCAGACUACGAGACUUACAGCUGCCAUCCGCAGAUGCAUGAGUCUCAGAGUCGCCGCUAUUGCAGCUUCCACCGUGCGGGCCAUCUUAGUUACCCUAAUUCGAUGGGUACUUUUUGUAUUCCGCGUUGAGGUUACCGUGGAGCUAAGGCAGUUCCACGAAUACACGAAGUGCACGGCAUACUAG